AUGGUCAUAGUUUUCCUGGUCUUCUCGGGGUUCCUGCUCCCCUGCUUGGGCGAGUUUCGACAGGAGUUAAUGAAAAUGAACCUGAGGAAGGAAGAUGGAGUGAGAUGCUCCUACCACAGCGAGUGCGCCAGCGACUGUUGUCUGGUGAAUUUUGACUCUGGCGGCACUUUCUGUGCCCCCAGGAGCAGAAAAACCAUGCCCUGCUUACCCCAGGUCAAGGGAGCUAUCAACAUCAUAUGUCCUUGCCGAGCUGGUUUGAGUUGCAAAUCUCAUGACCCGUACUGUCUCCCCCGGUGCCAUCUGAUUUAG